GGCUAAGAUGUUAAUGCCCCAAGACACCCCCACCUCUUCUCUUUUCUCUCCUCUGCGUUUACCUCUUCUCUGCUCCCACUACUGCACUGGACUCCCAAACGUACACUGAUACACACACCGUCCAUCCAGCACUAUGAAGACUGUCCUGGCUCUGCUGAUGUUGGUAUGCCUGGCCUGCCACAGUCACGCACUGAAGUGUCACUCAUGCGUAGCGUCCAAUGAGGGUGAUUGUAUCAAACAAGGCUCCACCACCUGCCCUCAAUUCGCCGACGCCUGCUCCACCAUCACAGGACAGAACACGGUGAUGAAGUCAUGCUCCUACAAGGCGUUCUGUGAUAAGGCCCGCAAUGGCAACUCUGGAGCCAAGAUGGAGUGUUGUUUCUCGGACGACUGCAACGGGCCCCAUAAAGGCCACCGCCACGGGGAGCACAAUAACACAGCUAGUGGUCUGGGAGCCAGCCCUGCUCUACUACUUGGGGCUCUGAUGCUCCGCAUGGCCCUCAGCAGGUUCUAAACUCCUGAUCAUAUAUAUAUAUAUAUAUAUAUAUAUAUAUAUAUAUAUAUAUAUAUAUAUAUAUAUAUAUAUAUAUAUAAUAUACACACACACACGCACACACACAAACCUCUACUAUUCAAAACCAUUUAUCGAUUCAUCUCCUCAGUCAGCUGUGUCAGCAGAGUGCUGAUGAGUCAUGGUUUGGUGAAUCAUAUGGGGUUUAGGGGUUUAGUAGUGAAUGUGUGUGUGUUGCCUGUGGUGGGGGGUUCCUAAAAGCGCAUUCAACCAAGUUUAAAGACAUAUGGAACUGAUGUAUCAUACCAUAUGACUCUAUAAUGCAGUUGUGUGUCUGUAACCAGUCAUAUGUAAAAAAACGAGUUGUUUGAUUUGUUCAGUGAUGGACUGGAGCUCCUGCAGUGUCAGUAGACUCUGGGUGCAUGCAUCCAGGCUGGGUUUACAACUACACAUGUACAGUGAGCUCCAAAAGUAUUGGGACAGUGACACAUUUUUUGUUGUUUUGGCUCUGUACUCCAGCACUUUGGAUUUGUCAGGUGAACCGUUCAGAAAUUAAAGCACUUUUUGUACAUAUUCCCCCCAAAUUCUCUUAUGUGUAUUAAAGUAGUCAAAAGUUUAGUAUUUGGUCCCAUAUUUCUAGCACGCAAAGAUUAUAUGGUGGGCGGCAGGUAGCCUAGUGGUUAGAGCGUUGGGCCAGUAACCGAAAGGUUGCUAGAUCAAAUCCCUGAGUUGACAAGGUAAAAAUGUGUCAUACUGCCCCUGAACAAGGCAGUUAACCCACCGUUCCUAGGGUGUCAUUAAAAAUAAGAAUUUGUUCAUAACUGACUUGCCUAGUUAAAUAAAGGUUUUAAAAAAAAUGAGACUGUACAAACUUGUUGGAUGCAUUUGCUGUUUGUUUUGAUUGUGUUUCAGAUUAUUUUUGUGCCCAAUAGAAAUGAAUGGUAAAUAAUGUAUUGUCAUUUGAGUCACUUUUAUUGUAAAUAAUUAUAGAAUACGUUUCUAAACACUUAUACAUUAAUGUGGAUGCUACCAUGAUUACAGAUAGUCUUGAAUGAAUCGUGAAUAAUGAUGAGUGAGAAAGUUAGACACAAAAAUAUCAUACCCCAAGACAUGCUAACCUCUCACCAAUACAAUAAAGGGGAGGUUUGCAUUUUUUGGGAGUGUAUGAUAUUUAUGCCUCUAACUUUCUCACUCAUUAUUCAUGAUUAAUUCAGGACUAUCCGUAAUCAUGGUAACAUCCACAUUAAUGUAGAAGUGUUUAGGAACAUAUUCUAUUCUUAUUUACAAUAAAAGUGACUCAAAAAUGACAAUACAUUAUUUACAAUUUAUUUAUAUUGGGCACAAAAUAAUCUGAAACAAAACCAAAACAAACAGCACAUCCAUCCAACAACUUUGUAGAGUCACAAGCUUGAUGUAAUCAUUGCGUUCUAGGAAUAUGGGACCAAAUACUAAACUUUUCACUACUUUAAUACACAUACAGUAUAAGUGAAUUUGUUCCAUGUACAAAAAGUGCUUUAAUUUCUAAACAGUUCACACGAUAUGGUUGGUGGCACCUUAAUUAGGGAAGACGGGAUCAUGGUAAUGGCUGGCUCAGAAUGAGUGAAAUGGUAACAAAUACAUCAAACACAUGCUUUCCAUGUGUUUGAUGCCAUUCCAUUCGACUCCAUUCCAGACAUUAUUAUGAGCUGUCCUCCCCUCAGCAGCCUCCACUGGUUUAUAGCUGGGGCAGAUCUAAAAUGCCAGUAGCCUGUGUGCAUGUAUGAUACUAUUGGUUAGUGCUGAGCUCACAGUAGGCCUAGUGUUGGGCUUGUUCCCAUAGUUACCCCCUACUGUAUGUUACAGCACUCUUCAGCUUUCAAACAUCAUGAAUUAAACAGAAACGUAAACACAGAGACAUGUUUGUUCAUAUUGUUAUGCUUCAAUACUUAUUUAUAAAUAAACAUGCUAUUGCACCCUUA